CCUCCCCGCGGGCCGCGGGGCCGGAAGCCGCCGCCGGGUGCCCUGUGAACCGGGAAGGGCUCGGUUUGAAUGAGAUCCGGCUGAUUCACCGCGGCCCGGGCGGCUCCGGCCCAGAUUGAAGGAAACCUUAUCAAAAUACCUUUGCUGACUUUGGAAGGAAAGGAGGAAAGAGACUUACUGGUAUCAUUUUUACAGUCAAAAAGUGGGAGCUGCUGCCACAUUUGAUCUGUGAUCACCUCCUGCUAAGCACCAGAAAUAUGGAUAGACUUCUGCGACUGGGAGGAGGUAUGCCUGGACUCGGACAGGGGCCACCAACAGAUGCUCCUGCAGUUGAUACAGCAGAACAGGUUUAUAUCUCUUCCCUUGCACUGCUGAAAAUGUUGAAGCAUGGUCGUGCUGGUGUCCCUAUGGAAGUCAUGGGUCUGAUGCUUGGAGAAUUUGUUGAUGAUUAUACUGUGAGAGUGAUUGAUGUUUUUGCAAUGCCACAGUCUGGAACGGGUGUCAGUGUGGAAGCAGUGGAUCCUGUAUUUCAAGCAAAAAUGUUGGAUAUGCUGAAACAGACAGGAAGACCUGAGAUGGUAGUUGGUUGGUAUCAUAGUCAUCCUGGCUUUGGCUGUUGGUUGUCUGGUGUAGAUAUCAAUACCCAGCAGAGCUUUGAAGCCUUAUCAGAAAGAGCUGUUGCUGUGGUGGUGGAUCCCAUUCAGAGUGUAAAAGGAAAGGUUGUUAUUGAUGCCUUCAGAUUGAUCAAUGCUAAUAUGAUGGUCUUAGGACAUGAACCAAGACAAACAACUUCAAAUCUGGGUCACUUAAACAAGCCAUCUAUCCAGGCACUAAUUCAUGGACUAAACAGACAUUACUAUUCCAUCACCAUCAACUACAGGAAGAAUGAACUAGAACAGAAGAUGUUGCUAAAUUUGCAUAAGAAGAGUUGGAUGGAAGGUUUGACACUUCAGGACUACAGUGACCAUUGCAAACUCAAUGAAACAGUAGUGAAGGAGAUGUUAGAAUUAGCUAAGAAUUACAACAAGGCUGUUGAGGAAGAAGAUAAGAUGACACCUGAACAGCUGGCAAUAAAAAAUGUUGGCAAGCAGGACCCCAAACGUCAUUUAGAAGAGCAUGUGGACGUGCUGAUGACCUCAAACAUUGUCCAGUGUUUAGCUGCUAUGUUGGAUACAGUUGUAUUUAAAUAACCAAUUUACCGUUUGUGGUGCUUUCUGUGUAUAUUUGUUUAUUGUUUCUAAUACUCACAAAACAGAGACUGUUGAGGCUCUAUUUGAUUAAACAGAGACAUCUGACUUUUGCAAUGUAAGUGCAUCACUAUAACACCUUUCAGUCUCUAAUUGUGCAUUUGCUUCAAUUUCUUUAUGUCAGGGUCCUCACAGAUUACAAAGUAUUCAAGAACACCAUGUGGGCAAAAAUGUAUUACAUUUUCAUUUAAUAUUUGGGGGGAAAAUCAGUAAUACAUAUAUAUUUUGACUGUUGCAACUUAAUAAAAAUACAUUUACAAACCUG